CAAGCUGUAUAUAAUGGAAAUCUGCAGCUUCUUUCUCUUUCUGUUCUGUUAUAUAAGUGCAAAUACCUAUUUUAUUUGAUGUUUAAGUUCAGAAUUUUAAAAAAAAAAAGGUAUGAUAACAAUUAGAAGUGCCCUGGCCUGGGAGGUGGAGGACCCUAGUUUAAAUUCUGAGUCUUUCUAGAUCUAUGCUGCUGUUUCUUACCAGGCAGUUUUCAGCAAGACAAUUGGACAGAACAAGUCCUCUCUGAAGAGAAAGGGCUUUGAGAUCAUCAAGGUCAGGACAGACAUACACAUUUCUUUCCUGCAGAGUGAAUCCACGAUUGGAGACAGCAACACUAUCCAAGAAGUGGCACAUGGCCUAUCAUGGGAGUAGCGUUGGGGCUGUUCGGAGGGUGCUAGACCGAGGGGAGCUCGGGGCAGGCAGUGCUUCAAUCCUAAGCUGUCGGCCUUUAAAGGCAGAGCCAGGGUGUGGAUAUGGAGAAUCUGGUGAAAACUGCGUCCCUCCUCGUGAGGAGCAGCCCCCUCCUGUGCUGCUUUCCCCCUCCCUUCGGCAUGCUGCUGGGACUGAUGCCCUUGCUUCCAAAGUGCAAUUCCGGGACCCCAAAUCUCAAAGGCCCUACCAGGCCCAGGUGGCAUUCCAGGUGUGUGUACGUCCUGGAUCCUACACACCUGGCCCACCCUCUACAGCAGUUGGGGGUCCCCCUGACCCCCACUUUAGCCCUGCUGAGCUUGAGUGGGUGACCAAGGAAAAGGGUGCCACAUUACUCUAUGCCUUGCUGGUACGAGUGGAGUGAGAGGAUAUGGGCCCAUAUUGCCAAGCACAACAGCAGGGAAGGUUUAUGGACUUGGGAAGCACCAACUUUUUAUAUAUUCCCCCAGCCAUUCCCAGGGAAGACAGCGGACACGGUGGGAGCUCCCCCAGAUUUCCAGGGGGCUUUGCAUUUUUGUUUGGAGGAGUUCCCAAUUUGGGGAGUAGCUGUCCUGGGUUGGGGAUUGCCCACAGAUUUGGGGGAAUUGUGAUGGUCCAGAACACUUCUCUAUUAAUUGGGGAAGUCCAUGGGGACUGAAUUUGGAAGGCCUCCCCCAAUGAACUCUUGCUUGACCCCACUACUUCCCUUCCUCUCCUUAUGCACUGAUUUGGGGAAACUCCCAUCACUUAAUUUAUUUCCGUUGUUUCUGGUUAAUGUGAAUCCCCAGGAGGAGUUGUCUCCCUCCCCUCUCCGUUGAAACUUUUUCCAGUGGGAAGGAAUAGCUGGGGGAGAAGGGGCCACCCCUGUACAGCUGUUACAUACUCUGAUUUCUUAACUGAAAUAAACGUCCUGUCUCAGAUACAA